UGCACCUUCAGUUGAAUGGUGUAGGUUGUGAUAAGCGAACGUAAAAUUCAGCGGCAGAAGGCUUGAAUGAUUUGUGAUAUUGAAAGACUGAUUAUAUUUAACAGUUUGUGGAUAACUUCUUGCGCUUUGCGCUGUUAGAACAGUUUUUGUUUCAAGACGUCACAGAAAGUGCAAUUGAAUAAGUACGUACGUACGUACGUGAUUGGUAAUUAACAAUGCCGUCUGCAGUUGUCAACAAAGAUCUUCAGCAUGAACGCAGCAAGUGUAGCUUCAACCAGGAAGAGUUCACCGUCUGGUGGGUCGGUGGUAGAGAGAAGCUGAAUGAUAAGCGAUCAUUAGAGAAUUUCUUCGCGAACCAACCAGAGUUUCAUGACGAUGUGCCGUUGCACUUCGCCUCAUACAAGGAAAAGUAUGAAGAGACCAUACGCAAAGCAACAGUAAUAUUUACUAAAGUGCGCCAGCUUCUACAAAAGCAAGGAAGGUACGAUGCUAAGAAUUAUAUUGAAUUCUGGGACUUUCUGCUCGGAACCGGUCUCAUCAAGGAGGGCAAUCCGUUUAGGCUCCAAUUUGAUAUGUUUAUCCCGGCCAUCAUCGGUCACGCCAAUGCCGAACAACAAGUCAAAUGGUUGGACAGGGCGCUCAAUUGGGAAAUUCUUGGCUCGUACGCACAGACCGAACUUGGACAUGGAACGUUUCUUCGCGGAUUGGAGACUACGGCUACUUUCGAUCAUGAAACUGAUGAGUUUGUACUGGAUAGUCCUACGUUGACCGCUUACAAGUGGUGGCCGGGUGCUUUGGGUCAUACAGUGAACUACACCGUUGUCAUGGCGCAAUUGUAUUCGAAGGGAACGUGUUACGGUGUUCAUCCAUUUAUGGUACAGCUUCGCGACGAGGAUACACAUAUGCCCCUACCUGGUGUGGAUGUUGGUGAAAUUGGAGAUAAAAUAGGUUACAAAGGGGUAAAUAAUGGAUACCUCGGUUUUAACAAAUAUCGAAUUCCUCGAAACAAUAUGUUGAUGAGGAAUGCACAGCUGUUGAGGGACGGUUCGUAUGUGAAGCCAGUUUCUUCAGUGCUGACCUAUGGUACUAUGGUUUUCGUUCGGGUGAUCAUCGUUAAAGCGAUGGCCUACGAGUUGUCUAAGACGGCCACAAUCGCGGUGAGAUAUUCUUGCGUUCGUCGACAAAGUCCUAUUAAUCCUGAUCAACCAGAAGUUCAAGUUAUAGAUCAUUUGACUCAACAAGGAAAACUACUGCCACUAGUGGCCAGAGCAAUUGCACUGAAACUGGCAGCUGACAAUCUAUGGCAAAUGUAUCAGGAGACGACUUCCGAAUUGGAUUCUGGGAAUUUAAAUCGUUUACCGGAGCUUCAUGCUAUUUCGUGUUGCUUGAAGUCCGUGUCUACCGCUGAUGCUGCCAAAGGAAUGGAGGUGUGCCGUUUGGCUUGUGGCGGCCACGGGUAUCUGUCGUGUGCGAAUUUCAUGACAUUUUACAGUGUUGCUACGGCAGCUUCUACGUAUGAAGGAGAAAAUACGGUGAUGUUGCUGCAAACCUCAAGAUAUUUGAUCAAAUCUUGGAGCCAAGCACUCAAACGCCAGAAGCUGAGUGGAACGGUCCAGUAUUUGAGCGAAUAUACCGGUAGAGCCACCAAACGAUUUGCCUGGAGUGAUUCUGUUGCGGUUAUUAUUCUGGCUUUCCAGUCGAUUACUGCCAAUAAGUUACGCUUGGCAUACAAUCACAUUGAAAGUCGCAAAAAGGUCGGUUACACACCGGAGGAAGCUACCAACAUGGCCGGUUUGGAACUAGCACGGGUUGCGGAACUCCACGGACGUUGGUUUGUUUUGCAAUCCGCGUACGAUUUGAUAGAGAACGCUUGUCAAACAGCCUCGUCGCAGUUGGCGAAUGUGCUGAGGCAAUUGUGCGCACUGGUGGUGUACAGUGAGGCAUUGCAGGUCGCAGGGGAUUUGUUGAGGUUUACCACCAUGUCCGAGAAUGACAUCGUAAAGUUGCAGCAAAAAUACGAAAUGACACUUGCUGCCCUGCGCCCAAAUGCGGUCGGAGUGGUGGAUGCGUUCGACUAUCCAGAUUAUGUUCUUGGAUCUGCACUGGGUGCCUACGAUGGCAAUGUGUACGAACGCCUGUUCGAGGAAGCGAUGAAAAGUCCUUUAAACCAGGAACCGGUCAACAGAACAUUUGAGUUGUACCUGAAGCCUCUCAUGAGAUCAAGACUGUAAUAUAAAUAGUUGAUAUUUGGGUGGCAGGGAUUUGGGUGCAAUAAAAUUGGUGUAGUUGCUUAUUGGUUUGUAACAAUUUGUUGUAGACUAAUUAAUAGUGGAAUUAAAUGGUUUUUAUUUUUGA